AUGGAAGGCCAUGAUGGCGUUGCGGUGGCAAAAUUGGUAGAUCUUAUAGCUCUUGAUAUUCCAGCGACAGCCUCCCUCGAAGACACUAAAGAACAGGGUGGAAGUCAAUCUAGCGACAACACCUACAACCAGCAUAAUCUGAAUGUUAAUGAGAGGAAGACGAAAGCAGAACUAGUGAAGUGGGUAUAG